UCUAGAUUGUGUCAAGGCCAGCGACGUUAACAAGCUCCAGACUCACUGGAGACACAAGUAACUCAACCAGUUCACACUUUGUAGUUCAUUAGUUUUAUUUUGAAAGCACAAACUGUAGAGAUCCCACUGCUUCUGAUGCACAGCCGUCCCUCACUAGAGCUGCUGCUUCACAGGUGAGCCGUGUGCAGAGAACAAGUUCAGACAGUUUACCUGCUUAAGGCUUUAAUCCAAUCAGACGGCUGCAGGGAGGCGUGCAGAGGAAGUAGCUGGAAGUCCAGGAUCGUUCAGGGAAUUUAACCUAUUUGAAUUCUUUCAAUUAACGGAAAACUAAUCAUUUAACUCUCACUCAGGUUCCUCAAAGUCAAAUUCCUCUUUCACUGAUGUUGGCAAUCUAUGCAAUGAUCAGAGUAUUUAUUGUAUUGUAUGAGUUAUUUACAUACAUAUAUUUAUAAUUUUAAAACAUGCAUGGUGUUGUAGUCAUUCUGAACAGUCAACAGUUGUUUUGAGCUGAACUCUGAAAGCCUGUGUUGAUAUUUGAUGGUUAAUAAAUUUGGAGCAAUGUGAAGUUGAUGUUGAGGCUUAUGUCACAUUAAUUUAUAAAGUUUUAUUUACAUUUUAGGAUUUACUGGCUUUAUUUUCAGUGUUAGAUGAGAUGUUGGAUAUCACUGUCACGUUCGUAUGCUCAUAAUGAAGCUAUUGUCAGAAGCUGGUUAGCUUAGCUUAGCUUAGCAUGAAAUAAAAUCGACUCUACCUGCACUUCUUCAGGAGAAAUUGAACUUGAAUAAUACAUAAAAACAAAACGUGUGGUGUUGUUAUCGUGCUGGACUAUUUACUGCAGUCGCUUCCUGGACUGUGUUAAAAUGAUAUUAUUUAAACUUGGUCAUUUGAGGGUUUAUAGCAGAAACAGGUGUUUGAUAAGUCAGAAAGUGACAUUUAUAAAAUACAGAUCUGGCUGUGAAAAGCUCAAGUAUCAGUCGUGCUUAUAGGAUGACAGUAUGGGGAAGAUAGACAUUUUUAUUAAACUGUAUUUAAAAUAAAAGCAUGGGUGCACAUGUACGUGUGUUUAGUUGUUCUCUGGUUUAAUACUCGUUUUGACGUCUAGAUUGACACGAUAGAAAAGUCAGUUGUGCUCUUAUUCACAUCUUGAUGUCUUUUCGAUCGUCCCUCCUGUCCACUGCUGCUCACAGGGACAAACACACCUGAAGGAAGACGCUCCACCUGCUCAAGAGUUGACCUCCUGCUUUGUAAGCUCUUGAUCUGCUCUGCUGACAGGGAGCUAAUCUUGAUGGGAACAUUGCUCUAAUGCUGUUGCAUAACAUUUCAUCUUCACAGAAGCCAGGAGAUCAACCGUCUCUCACACGGGUUUGUUCUCCUGCACCUGCGAUCCAAUGCAUCCUGUCAUAUGUACAGUCGAUACUAAUACGUGCACUCGUUUGUCUUCUGCUGAGUGUUUUCGACCUUGUUUUGACCUCCCUAGUCUGAUGUUAAGUGUUUGAAGGGAUUGGGACGGUUUUAUAUUACAACAGGAUUAGAGUUCAUGACACCAUUAUAAUCCCUGGUUCCUCAGUGAGGAGGAGAGGGUGAAAGACAGACAGAGGUGAGCUGAGAAGGGUGUGGCCAGGGAAGCUCAUCCUGGCUGUCCACUUGACUGUCAAGGUGCCCCCUCCACUCCACUGUUCCCACCAGUGCAGAGAGGAGUACCAGCAGCGAUGGCAGCAGUCGGCUCAAUGGGAUGAGACAGAGUCAGACCUCAGCAUGUGUGAAGAAGAGUAACUGCUCCUUUUGGGCCCAAAGAGGCAUGUUUCCUCCUCAGCUCUGCUGCUCGUGAUGGACGCCAUGGACGUGUUGUGAUGCAGAGCAACAACUUGGGAACUUGGUCUGCAGUGACCACCAGGUAUUAACAUGUGGGUUCUGUGAUCCGAUCUCAAGCGGACGGCUCUAAGUGCACGUGUGAAGGCACACGAAGAGGGAUCAGCCUUCAGUUUAUAGAAAGAGUCAUAUUUAGAGCUCGUUCAUGUGUACGUUAGUAUUUGUUGUGUUUCAAGACAUCUAUCUUCUCUGUGAAUCUCCAGCCUGCUACAGAGAUGCAUGGAGGCCAGUACCAGGUGGCGAGCCCCAAGUUCCACCACUGUCAAUACAGCCUGACAGACAGCUCCUUCGCUGACUCUGAGGAUGAGGAGGCUGAGGCGCCGCCGCCACGCACCCCCCUGCAGAAGCUCACCACAGACAUGUGCAAGGACAAGAAGACCAUCAAGGAGCUGAUGAUUGGCCGCAGGGUGGGUUUCUACAAGGUCCGAGGGGAGAUCGGGUGCGGGACCUUCUCCAGGGUCAAGAUGGCGUUCCACGCUCUGACUAAAGACAAAGUGGCCCUGAAGGUCCUGGAUAAGACGAGGCUGGACGCUCAGGCCCAGCGGCUGCUCUCCAAGGAGAUCAGCAGCAUGGAGGUCCUGCAGCACCCCAACGUGGUGCGUCUGUACGAGGUGGUGGAGACGCCCAGCCGCCUCUACCUGGUGCUGGAGUACGCAGGAGGAGGCGACCUCCACAACAAGAUCUGCAACGAGGGGAAAUGUUUGGACAACACCAGCAAGGUCAUCUUCGCCCAGAUCCUCUCUGCUAUCAAAUACAUGCACGACAUCAACAUCAUCCACCGAGACCUGAAGGCAGAGAACGUUCUGUUCACCACCAGCAGCUGUGUGAAGGUGGCGGACUUUGGAUUCAGCACGCGGGUUUCGAACCGCACCGACGCCCUGGACACCUUCUGUGGCUCUCCGCCCUACGCUGCCCCGGAGCUCUUCAGGGACGAGUCCUACCUGGGGCCUCCGGUGGAUGUGUGGGCCAUGGGGGUCCUGCUUUUCUUCAUGGUGACCGGCACCAUGCCGUUCCGUGCCGAAACCAUGGGCAAGCUGCGGCGCUGCAUCAUCGACGGGGCCUACACCAUCCCGCCCUGGGUGGCCGGUCCCUGCCAGAAACUCAUCAGGGGCAUCUUGAGGCCAGUCCCUGGCGACCGCUACGCCGUGGACCAGAUGAUGGGCUGCGAUUGGCUGCUGCCUGUGGAGUUUCCCUGGUCGCUGGUGCGUCAGAAACCGGUGAGUUCCCUGCAGAGCCUGCUGGGCUCGGAGGACGGGGACCUGGAGGAGGAAGAGGAGGAGGAGAUCAGGAGCUCGCUGGAGGAGCUCGGCUUUACCUCCGUGCAUCCGAGGAUCAAUCGGCCCACAGACAGCCGCAGCCCCGUCACCGGGGUUUAUCGAAUCCUGCUGCACCGAGCACAGAAGCGCAGGGGCUGCGACUGCCCCCCCGUGGUACGAGGCAUGGUGAGGGACCCGAAGAGAGAGGGGCUCGGGGCCUACAGGGGCCUCAGACACACCUCCAAGCUCUGCUUGCUUUCAUAGCAGUCUGCUAGAGCAACACUUUUUAUACAGAUUCUUUUAUACCAACAAGUUCACAGGGACUUUUUUAAAAUCUUAUAUAUACUGUUUAUAUACAUUGUGUAAGAGACAAGUUUUUACUGUCAAAUCCUUUUUUUAACAAUUUGUAUUAAAGUCGUUUUUCUUCUUCCAGUCUGUGAAAGUGCCUGAUGACAUGAAAACAACUUUAUAAAAUGUUCUUCUUAUACUCUUAAAGCCUUUGUAAGGCUUCUGAUCCUCUUCAAAAUAAAGCAAAGCUGCUGGAAA